AUGAUCCCAAGACUCCAAACGACUACCUUUGCCUGUAGCGGCGUGGAAUAUGGGUGCCACAAAUCGAAACCCGUACCUAAGCCCGACUUUGUCGUCUUCCGUGAGUUGAGUAUUUGGAUGGCGUUAUUUCGAUCAGGCUGUCCAUCGCCGGCGAAUCCUCGUGGCCGAAGAGUCUCUCAUAGCAAAGUCGACGUUUCGUUCACCCGUUCGUGA